ACAGGAGGUCCGCCGACCAGUUUUCGUUACUAAGCGGUCUGUGACGCUCGAUAGAAGUACCUGUUUCUUAUAAGUUAAAAAUAAUAUUUUUGUUUUUCUGUUUUAUAGUUGUUAAACAGUUCGAGGAGCAAUCAUCAUGAGCAACCAACAGUAUUAUCCAUUCAAAUGUACCCCCACCGUUUACCCAGCCGAUCCCUUCGACCCUGUGGCUGAUGCGGCCACCCUUAAAAAAGCCAUGAAAGGCUUUGGGGCCGACGAAAAAGCCAUCAUCGAUGUCUUGGCCAGAAGGGGUAUUGUCCAGAGGUUGGAAAUCGCCGAAACAUUCAAAACUUCUUACGGUAAAGACCUCGUGUCAGAACUGAAAUCCGAAUUGGGUGGUAAGUUCGAGGACGUCAUUGUCGCCCUUAUGACUCCCCUCCCACAAUUUUACGCCAAAGAGCUCCACGAUGCUGUUGCUGGUGCCGGUACUGAUGAGGAGGCCAUCAUUGAAAUUCUGUGUACCCUUUCCAACUAUGGUAUUAGAACCAUUGCACAGUUUUAUGAGCAAUUAUAUGGAAAACCAUUAGAAAAAGACUUAAAGGACGACACAUCCGGCCAUUUCAAAAGACUGUGCGUUUCCCUCUGCCAAGCCAACAGAGAUGAAAACCAAGGAGUGAACGAGCAACAAGCUGAGGCCGACGCUCAAGCCAUCAUCGAAGCCGGAGAGUCCAAAUGGGGCACGGAAGAGUCGAUCUUCAACCAGAUCCUGAUCACCAGAAGCUACCAGCAAUUGAGAGCCACUUUUGCCGAAUACGAAAGACUGACCGGCAAAGAUCUCGAACAGACCAUCAAGAAAGAAUUCUCAGGCGAUAUCAAGAAGGGAUUGCUAGGAAUCAUUAAAUGCGUGAAGAGUAAAGUCGGUUACUUUGCGGAACGUCUCCACGAUGCCAUGGAGGGGCUUGGAACCAAAGAUAAGACUUUGAUUAGAAUUAUCGUUUCCAGAUCUGAAAUUGACUUGGCUGAUAUAAAGCAAGCUUUCUUGGAUAAAUAUGGAAAGACCUUGGAGAGUUGGAUCCAGGGCGAUACUUCGGGCGACUACAAACGGGUCCUCUUGGCCAUCCUCGACUAACUCACCAUCCUCAAAACAUGUUCAAUGUAAAACGCACUCCAAAAACUCACCCAAUAUUAAUAAUGUUGAAACAAUUUGUGGUUGUAUAAGUGUACUUUAUAGCUUUCUCAUUCAACUGCCACUAGUCAAUAAUUCAUGUUAUAUAACUGUUAAAACGUAGUUAAAAAAUGCUUUAUAUGGGCGAAAUAAAUGGAUAGGUUAAUCAAUUGGCUAGUACAUUUUCAGGGAUUAAGUGAAAUUUAAAUUAAUAAAACUAAAACUAUCCGUUUAAGUUAGUGGUACUAGAAUUUUAUAGUCACGUUUAAGAGUAUUUUUCUAUUUCUUUUCCAGGAUGACGUUGGUAGUGAUAUCCAGUACGUUCUAGUGACCUUAUCUUCUUAUUAAAUUGUCUCAGGUCACUGAUAAAUAAAGUUUACUUAUGAAGUAUUUAAUGCAGAGUUCACGUAUUUACCUGAUGUGUUUAGUGGCCUUAUUAAAAAAGCAAAUUUCAUAUUUAUCUAUUUGCUUAUAUAAAUUUAAUGAACAUAAGAUAUAUUUAUUUAAUUAUAAUUUUUACUUUUUCAUUUUGAUUAUAGUAUAAUGGUAAGGUUCACUCUUAUAUAUUCCUUCAUAUUAUGGAGUGCAUAUAUUUAAGUUUUUUCUGGUUUAUAUUGUUUUUAUCUCAACAAAUGUUUUGUUUGUUUUCUUUUUAUUAAAAUAUUAUAUUCUUCUAUUUUUAUGAAUAUUUGUAUAUGUGCUUAUGGUGCUUUCAAUAAACAAAUGUUAAAUA